CAGACACACACCAGUCUCUCUCUGCCCCCUCCCUCCUGUGUUUAGUCCCAUUAAGGGGAGGGAAUGGGAGCGCAGCAGUGAGAGAUCAGUAGCUUGAGGAUCACUGGUAGCGGCUCCGGGCAAACAUGCCCGUCCCACGGCAUCAAGCGGAGUCCUUAGUCUCCAUCCCAGCAAUGCAGGCGGCUCCCCGGCUACUCGCUGCCACUCUCUGCUCCUGAGACAGGAGGAGGAUCAGACAUAUACCUACUACAUCCUUGGAUUUGAACCCUGACCCUGUGAAAUCAUUGUUAAAGCAUUUUAAAAAGUCCCAUGUGACAGGAUAUCUUUGCCAUAAAGAAGAUGUUUAUAUCCUUCCUGCCUCAUAACCACCAGCUGUCAAGCUGUAGUUGAACAUGCUAUAUGUCUGCUGAUAUGAAGGUUUGAACUCACAGGAGACCGGUAUCGUGUUCCCUGAAUCAUCAUCAGUAAGUGCCAGAAGAACCAGAGCAAAACUGAGCCAUGAAACCAAACUUGAAGCAAUGGAAACAAUUCAUGCUAUUUGGUAUCUGUGCAUGGGGUCUCCUGUUCCUCGUAAUCUUUGUCUACUUUACGGACAGCAAUUCUGUAGAACCAGUACCAAGCGCUUUCUCUUAUGUCGAGUCUAAAAAACAUUUUCCGCUACAGGGUAAACAGCGGGCCAUAAUGGGAGCACAUCAAGAUCAGUUAUUCUCUUAUGCAAUUGAUGACCAAGAUUUACUUAAAGAAGGCAUUUUAGAUUCCUUUAUUGUGGGCCCAGGUAGUAUGAAAAAGAUGGCUGGUGCAGACAAUUAUUUUGAAAGUGAACAAGAAUUUAUUAUGUCAAAAAAACACAAAAGUCCACUUCGUAAUAAUCGUGAAGAUGAUGAUGAUGAUGAAAUCUAUUUGCAUAAAAAUAUUGAUUCAGUUUCUGGAAAAAAGGCCCCGGCAUAUGGUAAAAGAUAUUAUCAUGACACACAAAGACAGCACAAAAAAAUCAGAAGGAAUAUGCAACGCAAGAAACAGCAUAUGAUUGAAGACUCUUAUGACUGGAAUGGAUUUUCUUCGUCAAUGUCCAAAUCUUUUCUGCAGAAACUGUGGAAGGGCAAUGUCUCAUCGAAAAUGUUGACUCCACGUCUACAGAAAGCCAGACGAGAGUAUCUCAGAGCUAAUAAACUUGGCGUUAACUUCAAUGGUAAACAAAACUCCAGGAAACUGAAUCCGCAAGAACUUCUUUGUGUUCUCAAGGAUCGUGCCCAAGUUAAAACUUUAGAUGGAAAGGAUGCUCCAUUCUCCAGUCUUGGAUGGGAAAAGUAUUUCCCCAAGAUAGCUUUGAAUAAAUUAUAUCCACAUGGCUUCUCAACCUGUGCUGUAGUUUCAUCAGCUGGAGCAAUAUUGAACUCCUCCCUUGGGGCAGAGAUUGAUUCGCAUGAUGCAGUGCUGAGAUUUAAUUCUGCACCAACACGGAACUAUGAAAAAGAUGUUGGAAACAAGACAACGUUGCGAAUUAUAAACUCUCAGAUUCUUACCAAUCCGAACCACCAUUUUACCGACAGCUCAUUGUAUAAAGAUGUCACUUUAAUCGCUUGGGACCCAUCUCCGUAUUAUGCAGAUCUUCACAUGUGGUACCACAAACCAGACUACAACCUAUUCCCGCCAUAUGAGAAACAUCGUAAAAGGAACCCAGACCAGCCCUUUUAUAUUCUUCACCCAAAAUUCACAUGGGAGCUGUGGAAGAUAAUUCAGGAGAACAGCAAUGAGAAAAUACAGCCCAACCCUCCCUCAUCUGGAUUCAUUGGUAUCCUCAUCAUGAUGUCAAUGUGCCGGACGGUGCACGUGUACGAAUAUAUUCCUUCCUAUAGGCAAACAGACCUGUGUCACUAUCAUGAACAAUAUUAUGAUGCAGCAUGUACACUGGGAGCCUACCACCCUUUACUGUAUGAAAAAAUGCUCAUCCAAAGGAUUAAUCAAGGGACAGAAGACAAUCUUCUAAGAAAAGGGAAAGUAAUCUUGCCAGGAUUCAGCUCUAUACAUUGCCCAAUAAAGGAUCACAUUACAUAAGAAAGGGAGGUGAAUUGUUUUUGAGAAAAAAAAUCAUGUGCAAUAAUUUGCUACUGUUGAAAUGUCAACUAAAAUACUUGAAAAAAAAGAAUUACUGAGACCAAAAGUAAUUGGUCCUUAAACUGAGUGGUGGAUAUAUAAAUGUCUAACCGAGCCAUGGACGUAUAUAUAUAAACGCUUUGCAGUGAGUAAAGCAAGCUUUGCUGAUGGGUGGUGCAAAUCGGUGUUAUUUAGGCAGAAGUCAAUAUUCUGUUGUGGAUCAGAAAGGAAUGCUUUGAUUGAUUUAUAAUGUGCCAUUUUGUUAAACUAUUAUUAGGAAACAGUUCUUGUUUGUAUUGCCAGUAUAAGAUAAAGCAAACAUAGAGUAACUCAGCUGAUGUCCACGUGACCUACUGUAGUUAUUAAACAGAUGACCACCUGACCAAGCUUUUUUUUAUUACAGUGCUAGUUAUAUGUACAUAUAUUUUAUGUAACUUUGGUAGGUAGAUCAGGUUUGUUAAUCGCUGUAGACAAAGUGGCACAAAGAGGUGCAUUUUAAAAGAUCCUAGUUUCAUCACCUUUUCUCCAUCCAGAAAUACUUAUUUAUUUACUAAGAAUGAGCACAGAAGCACUAUGCUCUGGCUAUAUGAGAUGCAGAAGUACUUAAAUAUGUGGAAGUCCCAUUCAAGAACCUGCAGUAAACAUUUAUACCAAACAAUAGUUGUAAUGCAGUAUGUAGCCCUUUGCCCAGCUAAUCUAGGAAGCCUCCUGUGAACCUAAGUUUCAUACUUUUCUAAUACUCAGGAGAUCCUUCUUUAUUUUUAGAUUUCUUUUUUUAAUUUAUUAGCACUAUGCCUCUCACUUCACACUGGAGAUCUUUCUUCCUUGCUGAGCCAGUUCUCUACAAGGACUUUCCUUCUGCUUUAAUUGCUGGUGUCUGCAGACAUGGUUUAUCCAUAGUUUAAACAAAAGUGGCAACUGGUCUACUGUGUUUAAGGAGAAUUAAACCCUAAAAACAAAUAUGGAGACAAAUGCUAUAUUCUAUAUACUGAACUUACUGCACCAGCCUAAUGUAUCAGAAUCUCUAUAACUGAUGACCCAGGCCUUCAAAGUUGUCACAUGAGCUCCCCAUAUGGGAUUUUAUCAGAAGUGUCAGUGACAUUCACAUGCUCAGUGUGCUCUGGGCAGCUGUUGAGAAGCUCUAGGGGCCAUUGAAAAUCAUCAAGCAGAAAAUGAGGUUAUACUUGUCAUAUAAGCUGAUGUUUUAGGGCUGAUGCUAACUGUGCUGGUUUAAAGCUGUCAUAUAAUGAGAAAAUCCUUUACUAAUCAGCCUUGUAUUGGGAUUUAUAUAUAUAUAUAUACAGUAUAUUGUGUAUUGGUCCCUUAGCUCAGUACCUGACAGCAGCACAGAGCAUGUGCAGGGAAUCAGGAGAAAAGAAGAUGGGGAGUUACUGGGGGGCAUCUUUGAAUUCACAAAUCUUCUCUGCUAAAUGGCUGUGAUUGCCUGUGAUGGAAGAGAAUCUCCAAACAUAAUGUACAACAUUUCUAGCCUACUUUUAUUGUUAAACUUUAGUUUUCCUUUAACAUACAUAUUCAGGACCUGGCUAUAAAAAACCAAGGUGGAGCCAAGGUGCAGUAUUUAUAAACACAAAUAUCACAGUUGCUUGGAAUUGUCACUUUACUGCAGUAAGAGGCCUGUAUUGCCAUCAUUCUCCUCUUCUGUAAAUUAGGACCCUGACCCUGAGUAAUUUUUUUACCCCAAGCUCUGACCUUCAUACACAACUCAUUGUCUUAUGUUAGUUUUUCCAGCAAACCUCAGUGUUAUAGUCUCCAUUAUAUAACCAAACUAAUUUACAGAUUUAAAUACAUUUCUGUCAUUUUAGCAAUCUGUUAUAUCAGCUCUGCUCUCGCACCCUGCAUUCCCUUAGCAAAUGCUCCCUCUGUUCAUAAACAGUUUAUAUAGUUUCUUUAUUAACACUCAGUAAGGCUAUACCUUCGCAAUCAUGUCCAAAAUACUGUCUAAAGGGCACAUUUAUCAAAAUGUGAGUUUAGUGCUCACCACAGAAAAGGCACCCACUUUCUAUUCAUUCCUGUGGCAAUUUUAGAAGCGUAUAUAUCAGCGGGUGAAAUUUGGUAAUGGAUGAAAUUAGGAAUGGAUAAAAAGUGGGUGAGUUCUAAACUCACAUUUUGAUUAAUCUGCCCAAAAGUGUUAAACCAUGCAAGGAAAGGAUGUGAAAUCUACCAAUGGCCAUUAUAAAAUACGGUGUGCUACUGAGUGCACCUACAUUCAGGUAGAGGCAGUUUAAGAAUGGGAAAAAUGAUGAAUGGCAGGAACAUACACACAACCCACAGAAUUGGAAAUAAUGUGCCUACAAACUCAUAGGCACUCAGUGGCAAUAAUGACCCAUGGUUGUUCUAGUAGUUACCAUGCAGCAUGCGUAGCUUAGCCUACACAUGGCAUGGGAAGUUAUUUUAUUUAGGAUUGAGCCAGGAAAACAUUCUAUUGAUGGAGGCAUCUCCCCUACAUCUGACUGUUCCCAAGCUUUGCUCUUACUAGUAGCUGUCACUGUAGGGUUGGGGAACAAGCAAGGCUUGAAUUUCGCCUUUUCCAGAUCCUUGCUUCUACUGGCUAGAAGGGAACCGGAAAAUAUGAUUUUCUGCCAUUCCAGCUUGGGUGUAGUAGGGCAGGUUUGAAAGCAUGGAAAGUUAAUUGCAUGACACUUAGCAGCAUUUCUCCUGUACCUCCAGGCUGGUACAAGAUUCAAAAACAUUGUAAAGUCUUCCAUUUGCCCAUUCUUUAUGUACCAAUUUAUGGUUUUCUUUGUAACAGGCAAAUUAGUCUAUAAGUUUUUGGGGGGUCCUGAUUACUGAUUCUGUGGAGCACCACUAUACUCGGUAAAUCCAUCCAAAUGCAGAAUAAGGUUUAAUUGAUCUGGUUUAGAAUUAGUAACAUUUAAAUUUAAAUAAUAAUAGUGCUUGUCUUGUAAAGACAUAUCGCUAAACUGGUGUUUUAAAAGACAAACUGUAUCUGUGAAAGUGCAAAAUGCAGUUGGUGAUGUUAAAAAGAUAUAUAUUAGGCCAAUAUUUUUGGUCUCAACCUUCCAGUAUAUGUGCGUUAUCUGAAAUUUUACCAUAAACUCACCUUGCCUUAUGGAAGGGGCAGCCCUGGUUGUGCAGCAUUUGGGCUUUCAUCAAAUUGCUAUGAGCAUAGUAAUGCCUUGAGCAAUGGCUGUUGCCCCCCCCCAAAGUACCCUUUUGUAUCUGGCUUAGUGUGAAAGGUUUCCUGCAUUACACUGGUUCAGAUUCAUGGUACCUGUUCCAAUGAACUGAUUUACACAAGUGCCAGAAUGACUAUAUUUUAUGACAUGUUCUAGUUCACUAGGCAUCCUGGCAUUCAUUGGAUUGAAUGAGAGCAAAGUAGUUUGUCAGUAAAUGUUGUAUAAAUUGGCUAAUUAAGAACAUAGCAUCACAUACUUAGGCAUUUUUCACAGAUUUACUAACUAAGCUGGUUUUUACACAAGUCAUGCAGCUUUUUAUGCUAUCUUUAAAGGAGAACUAAAACCCAUAAAAGAUUAUUUGUGUAGGUACGUUUCAGAGGUAUAGACCUUCACUGCUAAAGGGCUGUGGUGUCAUUUGGUUGGUAAAUAAGCCCAAAAUAUAUGGUUUAACAAAUCUACACUAAGGGGAGCAUUUACUAACGGUCAGAUUUUUUUUUUCUGAUUUGGAUUUUUUAGUGCUAAAAAGUCGCAGAAAAAAGUUGCAACUUUUUUAAGAUUUACUGUGCGAUAAAAUGGCUUAAAAUCCAAAUCUGACAAUUCGAAAGCUGAAACUUAAAAUCAUGUAAAAGUCAAUGGCAGAUGUCCCUUUCGCCUUCCUUGAAGAUUGCUUCAAAAUGCUGUUUUUUGUGGGACCAUCUGAAAGAGUAGAGAUUUCAAUGCAACGAUUUUAAAAAGUAGUAGUUUUGCGACUUUUCUGCAACUUUUUCCAGCACUUUUUCUCUUCAGACUUUUUAAGUAAAUGUCUGACAAUUGUCAGAAAUUCCAAUUUUUUGAAAAAGAAAAAAAUGAGAAAAGUUAGAGUUAUAGUAAAUUGGCAUCUAUUUCUUUGGUGGGCUUUAGUUCUCCAUUAAGUUGUGGCUUCUCUGUAUGAUAAAUAUUCUGUGUUUCACAUGGCGGUGCGCUGCUUUUACACAGCUUUAUAAAAAUGCACCUUGUUCAAUGAGGCAAAACAGGAAAAAUUAAGAACUACAUUUGCUCUUGGAGCUGCUCUGGACAUAACAUUUUUGUAUAAAGAUUUCCAUAGUUAUACAGUAUUGACUUAUAUCCUGCCAGGCCACGAUGUACAUUACAGCUAGCCAUUCCAAUGGACUCUUGAAAUGUUUUAUUGCAAUCUGAAGCCAGACUAUUUCCUUUUCUACUAUGGUUAUAAUUUUUUGGACUUUUUUUAUUUUACUUCCACGCCUAAUGUCCAUCUGAUAAAAUCUUACAUUUUGACUAGACCGCCAUUUUUGAACAGUGUUUGUACACAAAUAUUAACACUUUUCUAUUUUGAUUUUGUACAUUUUUACUUAUGCUCUGUAUUUCAUGUAAAUAAAAUAAUUGUCCAUUUGUA